GACAGAAUUUGAGGAGAGGCACGUGAAGGCAGCGCGGUUAGAGGAAGGAGGCUGCAGCAACAAAGCCGCUGUGAAGAGGGCUAACGUGAACGUUAACGUGAACGUUAGGUUCUGCUGGCCGCUCCCUGACACACGGAGCCAAAUGUGUGCUCAACUGUGCUUCAACAUGAUGUUUGUUGCUGAGAAGAUGCUGGACAAAGAACUCUGCCACAACCCUGCAGCUCUUUCAAGUUGACCAGACCUUCCUACAUCGCCUUUGUCUAAUGGAAGCCAAUGGAUGCAGCCAGCGAUGGAGGAUGCAUCUCCCAGAGUUUAAACACAGCAGCAGAUGCCAGAGUCUGGCCACAAAUGACACUGAAAGAGGCAAGACAGAGAGAGAAAAAGACGGAGGAGGACCACACAAAAGUGUGACUAUGGCGCCCACCUCCAGGUAUCUGACAGACAGACAGUAUGUAAUGAGAAAGCCUCUGUUCUCUUCAGAACAACAUGCGUCUAUUUUAAAGAAGACGGAUCCACAGAAGCACACAGAGGAGGAGAAUCAUUUGGGUGUUAGCAGAAGAGAAGAAAAUCUGCAACACACUGACAUGAACUUCUUGACCAGAGCAAGAGGAGAGAUGACCCCAGAGAGCCUGGCCUUCUCUCGCAGUGACAUCUCAGCUCCCUCAGUCUCUAGAGAAGACCUCAGCUCACCCUUAGGUGCUUUCCCUGGCAGCAGAUUAGCUCAGCGGAGCCUCUCAAGCUCCAUCCUGGAGGUCCAGAGAUUAAAUCCACCUUUGAGGCCGCGACUGACCUCCACUGUCCUGUAUCCUACCUACACCCCUCGCUCAGGGUAUUCCAGGUCAGGCCAUACUCGGCUCAGGCUGGGGAGGGGGACAGAGAGAGGUGGGGAAGAGACCAAACUAUGCUCAUCUGGAAGACACUCAAAAGGACACCUGAUGUCUCCCUAUCAGGCGAACUACUGGGCCUGUGCCAUCCCUAAAGCUCUGCCUCCAUCUCCAGACAGGCAUUUUGCAGGAUGGGACCCAAAUAAGGAGUACCAGGCCCUGCUGGACUACACCUACCCUCUGAGACCAGGACAGGUGGUCAGUGAGUGGGACACCUCCAAGCCCCAAGGAGACUCUGUCCUCCAAACAGACCCCAACCUUCAGGACUCAGGGAUUGAACUGGACCACCUUUGCAGCUCCACCAGCCUGUCGGGGUUGGGCUUUACUGUGAGUGGCUCAGGGCAAACCAGAGAAAGAAGCACACUCAGUGUGAGUCAUAUGUCUCCUGACCUGCAGGGCUUCACCUCAGAUGGUCUGUCCUCCAGUGCCCUGAUGUCCCGAACAGACCCGGUGGGUUUGUCCUUGAACAGUCUGGACUGCAGCAAGAACAGAGAUGGAACGAAUCGGUGUGAAGGUCACCAUCAUCAGCACCAUGCACUAUCCUCCUCCACCUCCGCUUCUUUUAUCCACUCAACCAGUGUUCUUCCACGGUCCAGGUGUGUAUGUGGGGAGGUGGACCAGGAGUUCUGGCCUCUUCCAGAGCAGCUGGAGGAGCUGCAGCUGCUAUCCAGACAGGUGAGGGAGGUGACGGCACAGCUGAACCGGCCUGUCACAGCCAGCUGGGAGUCUCUGGGCCCAAGGACCAACUCGGUCCUGUCCUCCAUCAACCUGCCUGAGAAACACGAGGCUGAAGUCAAAGAGCUGGAGGCCAACAAUCAAGACACAUGUGAAGGAAAAGAUGAGCUGGGCAGAGCGGAGAGAAGUGCUGCUCGGACAGCUGAUCACAGGAGUCCUGGAGCCUGGGUGGAGCCUAUUGGAGGGGGACUGAGUUGGUCCAGUCUCAGGGAGGUAGAGGCUUUGGUGGAGCAGCUGGGUGGCCUCACCUUGCCUGGCAGGCAGAGGAGCAGCCAGGAGGACCAGGAACCAAGCGACUCCUUGAUGCAACACAUCCAGGUAUUCUGUUCACACCUGGAGCAGCUCAUCCAGCAGCUGUAUACAGUGUCAGAGAAGAUGGAGCGGCUGGCUGCACCCACUGUGGACAUAGACAGUGUGAAGUCGUCUCUCGCAGACUAUCAGAGUUUUCAGAGAGAAGUGAGCAGCCACCAGCCCCUGACCUCCUGUGUUCUGCACACUGGACAGCUUCUCCUCAGCUGCAUCAACACCACGUCUCCACUUUUACGAGAUGCCCUGCUGUUGAUUGAGAGGCAGUCCGGAGCUCUGGAGACCCACGCUGAACACCUUUUCUCCUCCAUCCUGUCUGCCAUGGACAGCCUGACCCAGCCCAGUCCAGUCCAGCAGAACAGAGAAGAGGACCAGGGGUCCGCUUUGUGAAAAGACUGCAGGACGUGUCUUGUGUACAAGCACAUGACUUAUUUCACUUAUUUAUUAAUUUUUUCUCUACUUUCUUCCAACAGUUCUGGUUUUUAAUGCAAGGCUCAGGUUAAUGUUUCACAAAAAGCUCAACCAAUGUUUUUUAAACAUGUUAGCAUCGUGUGUAUUAGAUGGGUAUGUAUGCUAAUACAUGAUGUUUUUGUAAUGGAGAGAAUGAUGUCCAGAGAUUUUGAAGACGUUUAAUGAAGAAAACGUUCAGGAGCAGUUCAGUGUCUAAACUGAGCCCAAAGUGCUCCUAAUACAAUCUGUUACACUCAUAUUCAAUUAACCUUUCAUAUUGCACUGUUUUUUCUAGUCAAAUGUACUGUCCUCUGAUCACUCUAUCACUUUUAAUGUUUGGCGGUGGUACAUGAAUAAUUAUUAUUUUUUUCAAUUGGAAUCUCAAAGAGAAUCUUAGACAGACAGGGUUUUAAAUGAAACUAUAUUCCAGCUGGUCCAGUUGGUCUGCUGGGUUCACAGUCACACCUUGCUUUUUAAGUUUGCUUUCAUUUAAAAAUGGGCCUAAAUUCCUUUAAAAUGUGUGUAAGCACCUGACAUGAACUUAAGAGUCCACAGAGCAGCAGCAGGAGCUCUGAUUGACCAGUAUCGACUUCUUAUACGUUACUUAAUUCCAUUCUUCCAUUUUAUGCAACUUUCAUUUUCUACUCCUACCUCUCAGAGGGGAAUAUUGUACUCUUUACUAAUGACAUUUGUAUGACAGCUUUAGUUACUUUUCAGAUUACAGUUUUUCAUACCAGUGAACAUCCUGUGAAAACCAUGUAUCUCCAAAUGUGGUGAUUUUGAAUGUGAAUUUCCCUGAUAAACUGAAGGAUUAGAUGUGUGUGGGCUCAAGGGGAAUAACAAAACAGUAGUUGAAAGUUGACAAAUUUAAAGUCUGAAUAAGAACAUGGAAUUAAUAAUUGACAUUCUAAUGGAAGUUCAUUAAUACAACAUUUACAAAUUUAAAAAAAAAAAUUUGGUAAGUGAAUAAUUACUGUGAUGACACACUGCUGUGAUGACAGUUCAGUUAGUGUUGGAGGACAUGAACAGCUCAGAGUCUGGCCUGUGUUCACUCUUGAAGGGAGGUGGACAGUGAGUCACACACCAUGUACUGUACUGUAGGACAUGGCCAUGAUUUCACAACCUGAGUUUCUCACAGGGAUCAAAGACGUUUUCUUAUCAGCUGGUUAAAGAAAGUGAUUAUAUGGUACAGAACGGGGUCACUAUCCACAUUUCCAACAUAACACACAGCCUUAAAACACAUUUUCAUCUGUCCUUACUGAUGUCAGUGCUGUUUGUUAUACAUGUAUGUUAUACUUCAGUUCACCCAAAUUACAAAGAAGACAUUUUCUCUCUAGUGGUAGUCUCCUAAACACUCAAAGUGCUUUACACUUCAUGGCACAAUUACCCCAUUCACACACAGUUAUACACUGAUGACCGAGCCAACUGCUCAUCACAAAGGAACUAACAUUCACACAGAGGAGGGGCCGGGGAUCAAACCACCGACCUUCUGAUUAGUGGAGGACCCGCUCUCUCUCCUGAGCCACAGCCACCCCAGUCUGAAAAAAUCUUUCUGUGAGAUCUCCGCCUCCACCACAGUACAAUGGAGGUGGAUGGAAUUUAGUUGAUAAUCUCUUUUUGUCACUUGUUUUAAAACUUCUAUUUCCUUCCUAAAGUAUACUGUGGCCCCUAGAGACAAAAUUGGACAAAUGUAACAUGGCUUGAUAAAUCCACUCCAGUUUUGUUGUCAUUUGGGUGAACAUAUCCUCUAAAAAGCCUUAACAACCCC